AUGACAAAACGUUCAAAUAAACGAGAAGCGAAGCUUGUGUACAAAAGCCAGCGGAAAAGCCUGCAUGCCGAACAGCAGCAACAUUCGCAAAAAAAGGCGAGCACUACUAAAAAGACGCGCCACAAACACCGUUACGCUUUCAACACCGAUACAUUCAGCAUCAGAGGACAGCGCUGCUCCAACACGCCGGCGCGGCCAAGCGCGGACUACGCUCAACAAAUAACACGUUGCGGCUGGAACCGCUGA